UCUUUGUAGCCCAUUUUGUAGUGACUCGCAGCCGCUUUGGAACCGUCGCGCAUCGAUUCCAAGCUUUUUAUCCUCCAAUCUCUCUCUGUAUCCCCCCCUUGCACAUAUGUCUGAUACAGAGCAACCCGCCACCGUGCCCGUCCCCUCGGCAGAGAAGCCUCGCUCUACUGCGGAGGCCGAUGUUACGAAGUACAAGGUGGCUGCAGAUAUUGUAAAUAAUGUCAUGAAGAAGCUCGUCGAGCUGUCUGUCGAGGGGGCAAAGGUUCUCGACCUAUGCAUCGAGGGCGACAAGCUGGUCGAGGAGGGCACCAGUGCCGUGUAUAACAAGUCCGUGAAGGGUGUCAAAGUUAGCAAGGGUCUCGCGUUCCCUACUAGUAUAUCCGUGAACAACUGUGUAGCACACUUCUCCCCCCUCGCCUCGGAUCCUCUUUCUUCUCAGGCCCUCGCGAAGGGUGAUGUCGUGAAGCUCCACAUCGGCGCGCACAUUGACGGCUUUGCUGCGAUCAGCGCCGAGACUCUCGUCGUGGGCGCGUCUGAGUCUGACCCCGUCACUGGACCGCGCGCAGAUGCGCUCAAGGCGGCCUGGCACGCGGCCGAAGUCGCGAUGCGUCUGAUCAAGGUCGGGAACAAAAACUGGGCGGUCACAGAGGCCGUCGGCAAAGUGACAGCCGCGUGGGACUGCAAACCUGUUGAGGGUAUGCUGUCGUGCCAGCAAACGCAAAAUGUCAUCGAUGGGAAGAAGCGUAUCAUCCUGAACCCAUCGGAGGGCCAGAAGCGCGACUUCGAGGCGGCGACAUUUGCUGAGGGCGAGGUGUACGGCAUGGAUGUCCUUGUUUCCUCUGGUGAGGACGGAAAGGCCCGGCUGGAAGAAUCCCGGACCACGAUCUAUCAGCGGGAUCACACCGUGACAUACCAGCUCAAGCUGAAAACUUCUCGCAACAUCUUCUCAGAGGUGCAGAAGAAGGCAGGACCCUUCCCUUUCAAUGUUCGCGUACUAGAGGAUGAAAAACGCGCGCGUAUGGGAUUGCAAGAGGCCGUGCAGCACAACUUGGUCAAGCCAUACGAAGUUAUUUACACACCAUCGAAUACCUUCGUUGCUGCGUUCCACUUCACGAUUGCCCUCCUGCCAGCUGGCCCUAUACUGUUGACGCACCCGCCGAUCUGGUACAAGCCUGAGCUGGUCAAAACUGAAAAGGAACUAGAGGACCCAGAGUUGAAGGAGCUGUUGACCAAGAAGCUGCGUGAGACGAAAAAGAAGGCGAAGAAGACGAACGGUGAGAGCGAGGAGGCAAAGUGAGGCGAGAGAUGCUAGGGGCGAUUACAUCGAUGAUGGACUUGUCAGAAUAGUUGCUCGGGGAUGAAGCAAACAAAUGAAGCGAAGUCGGUCGUUGCUACAAAAUGUAUUUUUUUUUCUUGACACGGAGAUGCUAUGAUGCCGAAGCUAUUAGAAGUCGCUCUGCCUCUUCACCAAACUC